AUGGACUCCAUUCAUAAAAGAGAAAGGAAGCCGGCAGGUGAGAGCAAAAAUCUGAUGGAUAGUCUGCAAAAUGAAAUAGCACUCGACAUAGUUUCGAGGCUUCCUAUUUCAUCUCUCAUUCAGUUCAGGUUUGUAUGCCAAACGUGGAAUAUGUUAACACAUGAUUCACGCCUUGUCGAUCUGCACUUGACUCGUGCAUUGAAGAUCAAUCCAUGCAUCAUCUUUAAAAGUUACCAUCCUCAGAAAGAGCAGCUUUUCUUUGUUGAACUGUCUGAUCAUGAUGAUGAUGAACACACAUUGAGAGAGAUUCAGAUUCCCUUUUCAGCAUCCAUGGCAAAAUUUCGAGUAGUAGGAUCAUGUAAAGGCCUGCUAUGUCUAUCUGGCGUCUACGACCAUCAAGCUGUGUACAUAUACAAUCCUUUUUCCACAGAACACAAGAAGUUGCCACAUUGUAAUCAUGAGCUUGAAGUGAAUGAGGUGGUUUAUGGUUUUGGAUUUCAUCCUGCUACUAAUGAUUACAAGGUUAUUAAAAUAGGCUACUAUCCUCAUGUCUACUAUGCAACUUGGUCUCCGGUAAAUACACACGAUCAUGAUCUUCCACGUUCAGAAGUUCACGUGUUCUGCCUAGGAAGCAAUACUUGGAGAAAUUUAGGGGAAUUACCUUACAAGCUUCAUCAUUCACCUGGUGUUUUGGUCAGUGGAAGACUCCAUUGGGUGACUAGAUUUAACUGGCACCUUGAUCGCCUUAUCGUUUCCUUUGACCUAUUUAAUGAUACAUUUCAAGAAGUUCCACGACCUGACUUCAAUGUCAACUUAUUUCAUUGUAGUUAUCAUCUGGCUUCACUCAGAGGGUGUCUAUGCGCGUGUUUAUUAACCUCUAAUGGCGAGAACUUGGAAAUUUGGAUCAUGGAAGAGUAUAACAAGAAAGAAUCUUGGGUGAAAGAGUACAAUAUUGGAGCUUCUCCAAUUGUGGGUCAAGAUUUGUCACCCCAAUCAUAUGACAUUUGGAGGACUAGUUUGCAGAAGGCAACUGUUAAAGUGAUGUGCAUACUUGAGAAUGGUGACAUCUUGCUAGAUUGUCAAGGUGGGAUUUUGGUUGCCUAUAGCAUACAUGAGAAAAUUUUGAAGAUCAUAAGCAUUUCUAGUAUGCCCAAGUCCUGUCAAGCAAUUGCUCAUGUUGGAAGCCUUAAUUGGAUAGCUAACCUCACUUAG